UGUCAUGGCAGAUCUAUCCCUUUCUCAGGAAUCCAUCUGUCCUCAACAAAAAAUGACCAUGUUGAACCAUGGGACCCGAGUGCUGAGAUCCAUAUCUUAAUAUCAAUUCCCGACUAGCUCGCAAGCGGAAUGGAGUAUCGUGAUUUUUUUCGCACUCCGGAUUCUCGAUCUUUGCUCCGUGUCCGGCAAUCUCGGUUCAAAGAAUUCCAAGUGUUCAGAUCUCGCGCCAUUCAACGCCGGAAGUUAGCUCAGAAACAGUAUGAGGAAUCGGCGCGGGAUUCGGAGUCGUUCCACGAUGAUAAGUCCCAUCUCUUGCUCCAAGAUGUGGAACAGAAUGGUGGAUCGCUGGAGAAUGGGUUGGCCCAUGCAUCUCCACCCGGUUAUGUGGGACAAACUGAAGGCUUGCAAUAUCAAUUCAGUCGUAUAGAAGGGAAAUUGGAGCGGUUGGAGGGUCUGUACAAGGCUCGGGUGUCCAGGCCCACGUUUGAUGAGGAUAACGAUGGGAUGGAGGAGCAAGAAAUCGCCUUACUCACCAAAGAUGUCUCCCAGAGCAUUAGUCAGUGUCAUCAACAAGUCAAGGCAGUCCAACGCUCUACUGCUCACUGCCAUGGAUUAGAGUCCGUCAUUGUGCACAAUCUAGUCCAAACCCUGUCCACUCAGUUGCAAGAUCUUGUAUCCGCAUAUCGACUCAGUCAAGACAAAUAUGCCAAGAAGAUUGAUGCCCGAGAGGCCAAGUCGAAAGAGUACUUUGUCGAUUUUAAUGAAGAGGUCAACACGGAUAGCUUUUCCGAGAUUCCCCUCAACAAUCCCAUGGAACAAAGAAUGAAUAUGCAAGAGCUCAUUGAUUUGGAGGAGAAUACGCGGUUCGUACAGGAAAGAGAGAAGGACAUUCACGGCGUGGUUCAAAGCAUUGUUGAACUCAAUACGAUUUUCAAGGACCUAGCGUUUAUGGUUGCCGAGCAGGGAACCAUUUUGGACCGCAUCGAUCAGAAUAUUGACCACACCCAUGUUAAGGUUGCUCAAGGCUUAGACGAGUUAAGAAAAGCUGAGAAGCAUCAGAGUAAGAACCGAAAGAUGAAGUGCAUACUAAUUCUAGCUGUGAUUGUUAUAUUUUUGUUUCUCAUCCUGCUCAUCAAAAUAUCAUCCUGAUCGAAUGGAUUUAAACACAACUACUUAAGUUCUCUAAUAAAAUGAACAAAAGCUCUUGAACAA